AACAAGUAAAAAUGAAGACUUUUGUGAUUAUUUUUGGGGUUUUUUGUGUUGCUGCAGCGCAAAAUACUUUUCCGUUCCCGAAUUUCGGGCAAUUUGGGCUUCCAGGAGGUCCUGUGGGAGGAUUUGGGCAACAAGGAGCUGUUCCGGCGCAAGGAUUUCAAGGGAUGCAACAAGGCGGGCAAGGAUUUAAUCCGUUUGUGGCGUUCCAUCCGACAAAUUUGUACCAGCAAGCGUUGAAUGGGUUCAAUAAUCCGAAUAAUUUUCAAGGACAAGGGCUUCAGGGACAAUAUCAAGGCGGGCAAGGAGUUCAGGGGCAACAAUUUCAAGGUCAGGGACCUCAGCAGGGGCAAAAUUUCCAACAAGGAGGUCAAAAUGGACAAAAUUUCCAAGGUCAAAGCCCUCAAGGUCAACAAAAUUUCCAACAGGGACCUCAGCAAGGACAGAAUUUCCAACAAGGAGGUCAAAAUUUGCAAGGACAAGGACCUCAAGGGCAACAAUUUCAAGGUCAAGUACCUCAACAAGGCGCCCAACAGCCCGUUCAAGGCAAUUUAGCGACUAAAGACGGAUCCCAACCCCUUUCUGGCGUCGAACAGAGCCAACUUGACGAAAUUUUUAACAAGCCAGCACAGUAG